AUGCCUCAGGGCGAGCGAGCAACGCGUCUGGAACCCGUGAAUCAAUCUGGUGGAGGAGGAGUGAUGCCGCCGUACAUGAAGGCGAUUUUACAUAUCGUCCGGUUGGCCUCCAUUCAUUCAUUGUAUAUAGUUGGCGGUGAUACGUUCUACGCGAGGAGUGAACCCGGCCAGCCGCCUGAAUACUGCACGGUCUUCCACCACAUGAUAAAAAGCGCGGGAUCCACCAUUAAGCGCAACCUUUACAUGUCUUCACGGAUCGCACGUGCCCCGAGGCCAGGACAUGAUGAAGGGGCCAAGGUGUACGAGACGCGGAGGUGA